UGCUUCCUCUGCCUUUACUCCCUUUGGCUCCUAUGCCAGCCUGGAGCAGCCAGAGACCCAUCCAAUAUGGCGGCGACGCAGGAUGCGCUCCAACACGAAAUGGGGCGUCUACGUCUAAAAUACUCUGGGCGGCUCCUGCCGCUGGUCCCAGUGCGCAGACUCGUGUUUCUCCGGAAGAAUGGCGGCAGCGGGCUCGUCGUCGUUCGUGUUUUGUUGGUUUUUUGUCCACGGAGCAGCAGCGGGAGAGUUAAUAAAGCUGGAAGAUAGAAAGAGCAGCAGUUGGUGAACUGUGGAAAGAAGAGAAACGGCUUGAAGCUCAGCUGGAACUGCUCAGGAAGUGUUAAAGGAAAGUUUGGAGAGAGAAAAGCUAGCAGAGAUGUGGAGACAGCAGGUCAAGCAGCGACUGGAUGCAGCAGAGGAGCAGAGACACCACAUCCUGGAUGCUGCUUUCAGCCCCCAACAUCUGCUGCACACAUCAGAGCUGCCUGCAGAUGUUCAGCAGAUGCUGCUGGUUAAAGAAGAGGCUCCUGAAGAACAGAGUCCUGGUGAGGACCAGAGGGACCUGGAGCUUCUCCACAUAAAGGAGGAGCAGGAGGAACUCUGGAGCAGUCAGCAGGGAGAUCAGCCCAGUGUGAAGGAGGAGACUGAUCCCACUGGCUCUCCAGUCAUUGCUGUUCUCAUCAAGAGGGAAGAUGGUGAAGAGAAACCUCUGUUCUCUGAACUUCACCAAACAGACAACAGAGACGUUGCAACCAGCAGCUCAGCUGAGCAGAUGAAAGCAGAACCUGAUGAAGAAGACUAUGGAGGAGUAGAAUCCAGCAGAGAGCCAGAUCUAAACACUCCUGGAGAUGCCACCAACUCUUCAGAGACGGAGGUCAGUGAAGAUGAGGAGAUGGACUGUCCUGACUCUGGGUCUGAAACUGAAGACAAUGAGAAGAAGGAGAGCAGGACUCUGGAAUCAGGUGGACAGGCGAUUAAAUCUCUGAGCUGUUCUGAAUGUGGUCAACAACUUAACCUUCGCUCCUUUCAGAGUCGCACGGCGGCUCAUUCAGCGGUAAGAUGCCCGAGCUGUUCGUUCAGUAAGGACGGGCUCAGAGACGAUGUAAAUAUGGACCCGCAGAGGGAAGUCCAGACAGAUCUGAACUGCUUCAAUUGUGCUGACUGUGGUAAAAGUUUUAACCGGAAAAAUCACCUAAAGGUUCACAUGAGGAUCCACACAGUAGAGAAAACCUUUGUUUGUGACGUGUGCAGACAAACGUUCAGCCAAGAAACCCAUUUAAACAGACACGUGAAGAUCCACACGGGGGAGAAACCAUUUGGCUGUGCAGUCUGUGGACAAACAUUCAGCAGGAAAUCUUAUUUAAACCGACACAGGAAAACUCACACAGGGGAGAAACCGUUUGGCUGCGACGUCUGUGGACAAACAUUCAGCAGGAAAUCUCAUUUAGACCGACACAUGAAAAUUCACACAGGGGAGAAACCAUUUUGCUGUGACAUUUGUGGACAAAGAUUUUAUGAAAAGGCCUAUUUAGACCGACAUAUCAAAAUCCAUGCAGGAGAAAAGCCCUUUUCUUGUGAUAUCUGUGGACAAAGAUUUAGUCGGAAAGCACAUUUAGAACGACACAUGGGUAGCCAUGCAGAGGAGAAACCCUUUGGCUGUGACAAUUGUGGACAAAGAUUUUACGAAAAGGCCUAUUUAGACCGACAUGUCAAAAUCCACUCAGGAGAAAAGCCGUUUGCUUGUGAUGUCUGUGGACAAAGAUUUAGUCGGAAAGCACAUUUAGAACGUCACAUGGGUAGCCACGCAGGGAAGAAACCCUUUGGUUGUGUGGUUUGUGGACAAAGAUUUUAUGAAAAGGCCUAUUUAGAUCGACAUGUCAAAAUUCACUCAGGAGAAAAGCCGUUUACUUGUGAUGUCUGUGGACAAAGAUUUAGUCGGAAGGCCCAUUUAGAGCGACACAUGGGUAGCCACGCAGAGGAGAAACCCUUUGGCUGUGACGUUUGUAGACAAAGAUUUCAUGAAAAGGUUUGUUUAGAUCAACACAUCAAAAUCCACUCAGAAGAAAAACCGUUUGCUUGUAAUGUUUGUGGACAAAGAUUUAGUCGGAAGUCGCAUUUAGGACGACACAUGGGAAGCCACACAAAGGAGAAACCUUUUGGCUGUGAUGUUUGUGGAAAAAGAUUUUAUGAAAAGGCCUAUUUAGACCAACACAUCAAAAUCCACUCAGGAGAAAAGCCAUUUGCUUGUAAUGUUUGUGGACAUAGAUUUAGUCGGAAGUCUCAUUUAGAACGACACAUGGGUAGCCAUGCAGAGGAGAAGCGCUUUGGCUGUGAUGUUUGUGGACUAAGAUUUUAUGAAAAGGCCUAUUUAGACCGACAUGUCAAAAUCCACUCAGGAGAAAAACUGUUUGCUUGUGAUGUCUGUGGACAAAGAUUUAGUCGGAAAGCACAUUUAGAACGACACAUGGGUAGCCACGCAGAGAACAAACCUUUUGGUUGUGUUGUUUGUGGACAAAGAUUUCAUGAAAAGGCCUAUUUAGACCGACACGUCAAAAUCCACUCAGGAGAAAAGCCGUUUGCUUGUGAUGUCUGUGAUCAAAGAUUUUGUCGAAAGGUACAUUUAGAACAACACAUGAUUAUCCACACAGGAGAGAAAUAUUUAACCAAAAGUCUUUUUUAAUGAUGCAUGCGAGAAUCCACACAGGAGACAAACCUUAUGACUGUAGUUAAUGAAAGCAGAAAAUAGCUAAAGGAGAAGAUCUGAGCAGCAAUGGUUGCCUGAGAGGGUCUUAACAGUUUGCCAUAAUUUCCUUAGGUUAUUGAAAUUUUAUUAUUUGAAGUAUUCCUUUUGAUUAAUGCCCCCAUUGUAAACAUGCUAAAUCUAUCUAGUAAAUGGAUAUGUACCACAGACUUUAAAGUAGCUGUUAUUAAACCUUUACUAUAAAUUAA